AUGGACCACGAGAAGGCUCUCCCGCCUGAUGAGAAGACCAGCGUCCCUCACCCAACCAUUGAGAGUCAGAGCGAAGAUGUUGCUGACUGGCGUGACGGUGAGGACUUCAUGACCCGCAACGGUCUGAACAUGAAGUCCUUCCAGCGUCGUCCCCAUGAGGGCGGUUUGAUCGAGCUCGACAAGUCCAUGAAGACGCGCCAUCUUCACAUGAUUGCCAUCGGUGGUUCUAUCGGUGCUGGUUUCUUCGUUGGUUCCGGUGGUGCUCUGGCCAAAGGUGGUCCUGCCUCAGUCCUGAUUGAUUUCUCAAUCAUGGGUGUCAUGAUCUUCAACGUCGUCUACGCUCUUGGUGAACUCGCUGUUAUGUACCCCGUCUCCGGUGGUUUCUAUACCUACUCCACUCGCUUCAUUGAUCCUUCCUGGGGUUUCGCCAUGGGCUGGAACUACGUCUUCCAAUGGGCUAUUGUCUUACCUCUUGAGCUUCUCGUCGCCGGUCUAACAAUCCAUUAUUGGCCGGGCGCUCAAGAAACAAACGUCGCAGUCUUCAUCACGAUAUUCUGGGUCUUCAUUGUUUUAAUCAACAUCUGGGGCACCCUGGGAUAUGCCGAAGAAGAGUUCUGGUCGUCUUGUAUCAAGCUGGGUGCCACCAUCGUCUUCAUGAUCAUUGCCUUGAUCUUGGUCCUCGGAGGAGGUCCCAGCAAUGGCAUGUACUCUGAAUACUGGGGAGCUCGUACUUGGUACAACCCGGGCGCUUUCCAAAACGGCUUCAAGGGUUUCUGCACUGUAUUCGUCACCGCCGCUUUCUCCUUCUCGGGUACCGAACUUGUUGGUCUCGCUGCCGCUGAGACUAAGAACCCUCUGAAGUCCCUUCCUGGUGCUAUCCGUCAGGUCUUUUGGCGAAUCACCUUGUUCUACAUCCUCGGUCUCACCUUUGUCGGACUUCUUGUUCCCUCCAACGACAAUCGUCUGAUGGGCUCCUCUUCCGAUGCCAACACCUCCCCCUUCGUCAUUGCUGGCAAGAACGCUGGAUUGAUUGGAUUUGACAGUUUCAUGAACGUUGUCAUUCUCAUCUCCGUCAUCUCCAUCGGUGUCUCUGGUGUAUACGGUGGUUCUCGAACCCUCACUGCUCUUGCCAACCAGGGUUACGCUCCCAAGUGCUUCACCUACAUCGACCGUGCCGGACGCCCUCUGUACUCUGUUGCCUUCAUUCUCAUGUGGGGUCCUCUUGCCUACAUGAACUUGGCGUCUACUGGUGAGACUGUCUUCAACUGGUUCGUUGCUCUGUCCGGUCUUGCUGCUCUCUUCACCUGGGGCUCCAUCUGCCUCGCCCAUAUCCGCUUCCGCAAGGCCUGGGCUUACCACGGACACACCUUGGAUGAGAUCCCAUUCAAGGCUGCUGGUGGUGUUGUUGGCUCCUGGAUUGGCAUUGGCAUCAUUAUUGUUGUCCUCAUUGCUCAGUUCUACACUGCCGUGUCGCCCAUUGGCAAGAGGCUUGGUACCGCGACCGAUUUCUUUUCAGCUUACCUCGCUGUCUUCGUCGUUGCUGCUUUCUGGAUUGCUGGAUACUUCUGGAAGCGUGAGGGAUGGCUCCGCACCGCUCAGAUGGACGUUGACACUGGCCGUCGUGAACUCGACUGGGACCUCAUUAACAGGGAGCGCGCCGAGAUCGCCACCUGGCCUGCGUGGAAGCGUUUCUUCAACCGCAUCUUCUAA